AUUAUCUUAAAAUCACAUUGUAAAACAUGUUUGCGGUUUGGCCAAACGGCUCCCGCGUCACGUUGAGUGUGGUUAUUGUUAUUGGUUAGCUAGUGAUUUCGAAUUUCGAAUGUUUUGUGUUUCUGACAAUUUACAGUUCUUUUUUUAUUUUUGCUAAUCAUGAUGACGAUGAAGGUGCUACUUCUCAUGUUCCUGGUCAGCUCAGCGGCCGGGUACCACAUCCUGUGUCUCCACACCACACCUUCCAGUAGUCACUACCAACUGAUGAGGGGCAUCGUCAACCCUCUGUUGGAAGCUGGCCAUCAGGUGACUCUUAUCACAUUGUCCCCAGAGAAAAAGCCUGCGACAAACCUGACAAUCGUAGAUGCCAGUCAUUUAAUUGAAUACUCCAAAGAUAUCGACGUCAUGGAUCCAGACAAAUUUGACAUAGGUGUUCUGAAAACGUUCGCCAGGAACUUGGCUAUUGGAGGCGUGGAGUCAGCGGCAGUAAGAGAAGCUAUUGUAAACCACCAGUAUGACGCCGUGGUGACAGAGUGGUUCUUCUCAGAUCUUCAUGCUGGAUUCGCAGCCGUUCAGCAAGCCCCAUGGAUAAUGCUGAGUGGAGCUGUGCUUCACUUGUCAACAGAGCGACUUAUGGACUCGGUCAGGUCUCUGUCCACGAUCCCAGAUAUGUUCAACAUUGCCCCAAUUCCUAUGAACUUUUGGCAGAGAAUUGCAAAUUCCAUCAUGUAUCUUGUUGUCACUGUCGAUAAUUGGAUAAAUUUCCCCUCGGCGAAGUCUGAUUACGAAUCUACAUUUGGUCCUCUAGCUGCAAGGAGAGGAGUUCCGCUGGCACCGUUUGAGGAAGUGUACAAUAACAUUUCAAUCAUGUUCGUGAACUCCCAUCCGUCGUACGCCCCGGCCAGAUCUCAGCCUCCUAACGUCAUCGACAUAGCCGGAUUUCAUAUUGAUGAUAAUACUCCAACAUUGCCCAAGGAUAUCCAAGCCAUCAUGGACUCCUCGCCACAAGGUGUGAUAUACUUCAGCAUGGGUUCCAUAAUGAAAUCCACGAUGCUGACGGAGGAGAGAAAGCGAGGGCUGUUACAGAUAUUCGCGGAGCUUCCUUACACAGUGCUGUGGAAGUUUGAGACUGAGCUGGACGGUCUACCGAAGAACGUAUACAUUAGACCUUGGAUGCCUCAGAACAGUAUUCUUGCCCAUCCAAACACUAAGGUGUUUAUAACACAUGGCGGACUCCUCAGUACUAUCGAGGCGCUGAAAUAUGGAGUUCCAAUGCUGAUCAUUCCUGUUUAUGGAGACCAACCAGGAAAUGCUCGUAGAAGUGUCAUGUCUGGACUUGCGCUCGAAGCGAACUUCUAUGAGAAUUUGGUGGCAGAGAUGAGAGUUGCAUUGAAGGAAUUACUUGCAAAUGAAAGUUAUUAUAAAACGGCAAAAUCCACAUCAGCAUUAUUCAACGAGCGUCCCGUUCACACGUCGAAGCUUAUCACACAUUACGUUGAGUUGGCGAUUAAAACUAAAGGAGCCUACCAUCUCCGUUCGAAGACAAAGCUUUACACGUGGUACGCGCUCAUGAUGUUGGAUCAGCUAUUUUUGGUGCUUGCUAUUCUAUAUCUGCUGAAGUAUACCGCUCAAAGGAUCAUUCGAUUAUUUAGCAGUAAGAGUAGCAGGACAAAGAAGAACCAAUAGUUAUGGAACAAUUGUGAUAUUAGAAUACUGAAGGAAUACUUAUAAUCAGAGGAUCCCAACAUUUUUUGGUUCGCGGAGCCUUUACAGUUUUAUAGUAUUAUCCAUUUGCCUUAACUAGUCAAAAUAGGGAAUAAUCAAGAUUAAUAACACUAGAUAGAUAGGCACAAAAAUUAAAACAUAUUUUCACCCGAUUCCUACCGCAUAAUUCUUUCUCCGUACGAUACACCACAUUUUUUCUGUGUUUUAGGAGAAUUUGGGCGGCGGUGAUCACUUAACAUCAGAUCCAUACGCUCGUUUGCCCUCCACUUCUAUAAAGAAUAGUGUUUUAACGAUAUAUGCUCUUUUCUCUUUCUUUUCUAAAUAAAAUAUUUUCACGCGUAAGCCGUCGUUAACUUCAGUAUUAAACAGCGGUCUUAAUUACCAAUGGGAGGCACCUUUGCACAGGAUGCCGGCUAGAUUAUGAGUACCACAACGGCGCCUAUUUCUGCUGUGAAGCAGUAAUGUGUAAAGAUUACUGUGUUUCGUUCCGAAGGUCGCCGUAGCUAGUGCAAUUGCUGGGCAAAUGAGACUUAUCAUCUUACGUCUCAUAAUUUUCAGGUUUUUCAAGAAUCAUGUAAUUCAGUAAUGGGCAGGGAGUAUCAAUUACCAUCAACUGAACGUGCUGCUCGUCUCGUCCCUUAUUUUCAUAAAAAUAAAAAAAGUGUUCAGCUUCCAUCAAUAAUUAUUAGACUCUACCCAUUUCUAAUCGCAGUCUCUACGACGUUUUAGAAACCGUCUCAAAGAUUCGUACGUCGCAAUUUAAAUUAUAAUAUCCGGACGACCGAGCCUUGCUCGGAUUUUUAAGAAUGUACAAAACUUGAACAAAAAAAAACUAAUAGGACAUCUGGAUUCGAACCGGGGUCUUCUGCUUUCCGGAUCACCCAAUGUCCCAUCUGAGCUAUAAUAGUCUUGUAUAUAGUGGCGAAAUUUACCUUUGUAUUCUAAUGUUAUUGUAACUGUUUCUCAUUCAAACAUGGAUAAAACCAUUUUUUUUAAAUUGAAACCUAGCUAGAUCGAUUUAUCACCCCCGAAAUCCCCUAUAUAUA